AAUUACUACAAUUACAGUCUCAAAACCCAAUUCCAUGUUUAAUUUCUAAUUUUUAAAGGCUUAUGAUAAAGAAGAACGUGAAUUAUGGGUUUGUCAAUGGCCUGGACAAGUUGUUCUCUGUGUAUCACAAAUCUAUUGGACAUAUGAAGUACAUGAAUCACUUAUAUAUGGUAUUAAAGGUUUAGAAAAUUAUUACAAAAAAUUAGAUCAACAAAUGAAUGCUAUUGUUAAAUUAGUUCGUGGAAAAUUAAAUGCACAACAACGUAUAACACUUGGAGCACUUGUUGUUAUCGAUGUACAUGCACGUGAUGUUGUUCAUGAUAUGAUUAAGUUAGGUGUUACAUCAGAAAAUGAUUUUAAUUGGUUAUCACAAUUAAGAUAUUAUUGGGAAAAUGAAAAUGUUCAGGUCAAACUUACAAAUGCUAAAGUAUCAUAUGCUUAUGAAUAUUUGGGUAAUUCUCCCCGUCUUGUCAUUACUCCACUUACGGAUCGAUGUUACCGAACAUUAAUUGGUGCUUAUCACUUGAAUUUGAAUGGUGCUCCAGAAGGCCCUGCUGGCACAGGUAAAACAGAAACGACAAAGGAUUUGGCCAAAGCACUUGCUGUUCAAUGUGUUGUAUUCAACUGCUCGGAUGGCUUAGAUUAUAUUGCUAUGGGUAAAUUCUUCAAAGGACUUGCUUCUUCUGGAGCGUGGGCUUGUUUUGAUGAAUUCAAUCGUAUUGAACUUGAAGUUUUAUCUGUCGUAGCCCAACAGAUUCUUUGUAUUAUACGAGCUAUUCAAUCUCACUUAGAAGUAUUCAUAUUCGAAGGAACGGAAUUAAAUUUAAAUCGUAAUUGUUAUGUGUGUAUAACAAUGAAUCCUGGUUAUGCAGGUCGAUCUGAAUUACCAGAUAAUUUAAAAGUUUUAUUUCGUCCAGUAGCUAUGAUGGUUCCAGAUUAUGCUAUGAUUGGUGAAAUAUCACUUUAUUCUUAUGGUUUUAUGGAUGCACGUAGUUUAUCUGUAAAAAUUGUUACCACAUAUCGUUUAUGCUCAGAACAACUAUCAUCUCAAGCUCAUUAUGAUUAUGGUAUGCGUGCUGUCAAAGCUGUUCUACAAGCAGCUGGUAAUUUAAAAUUAAAAUAUCCUGAUGAAAAUGAAAAUAUUAUUCUCUUACGUUCAAUUAUCGAUGUGAAUUUGCCAAAAUUUUUAGCGCAUGAUAUUCCUCUAUUUCGUGGUAUUAUAUCAGAUUUAUUUCCUGGUGUUAUGUUACCAGAAGCAGAUUAUAGUAUUUUCUUAGCUGAAGUACAUAAAGUAUGUCAAGAAAGAAAUAUACAAGCUGUUAACUUUUUCACUGAAAAAAUUAUACAAACAUAUGAAAUGAUGAUUGUACGACAUGGUUUUAUGCUUGUUGGUGAACCAUUUGGAUCCAAAACUACCGUACUGCAUACAUUAGCUACAGUGAUGACACGGUUAAAUGAAAAUGGUCACGAUGAAUAUGAAAAAGUGAUUUAUAAAACAAUUAACCCUAAAGCAAUUACAAUGGGACAAUUAUUCGGUGAAUUCGAUCCUGUUUCACAUGAAUGGACUGAUGGUGUAACAGCAAAUACAUUUCGAGAAUUUGCAUCAAACGAUACACCAGAUAGAAAAUGGGUUGUAUUUGACGGACCCAUCGAUACAUUAUGGAUUGAAAGCAUGAAUACUGUAUUAGAUGAUAAUAAGAAAUUAUGUCUAAUGUCUGGUGAAAUUAUUCAAAUGUCUCGUGUAAUGAGUCUUAUAUUUGAAACAAUGGACUUAUCGCAAGCAUCACCAGCUACAGUAUCACGCUGUGGUAUGAUAUAUAUGGAGCCUUUAUCCUUAGGUUGGCGUCCACUAGUUCGCUCAUGGAUAAAUCGUUUACCAACAUCAUUAACAACUGGUGACACUAAAGAUAUGAUCAAUUCAUUCUUUGAAUGGUCUCUGGACCCAUGCAUGGAAUUUAUACAAACUAAUUGUCGUACAUUAGUAGCUACACGUCAAGGCAAUUUAGUUACAUCGUGUUUAGGAUUCAUUGAUAUGCUUAUUGAAGAUGUAGCUAAUGAAGAAGAUGCAAAUGAAAAUCGUUAUUUACGUUUAUGGUUACAAACAUCUAUUGUAUUUGGUAUUAUUUGGGGUAUUGGUGGUUGUCUAGAUUAUAAUAGCCGACAAAAAUUCGAUCAUUUCUUAAGAAAUUUAUUGUCUGGUACAAAUGAAAAACAUCCUUUACCAAAAGAAUUGGGACAAAAACUUGAUUUUCCAUUUCCAGAAUCUGGUCUCGUUUAUGAUUAUUAUUAUAAAUUCAAAAGUCGCGGUUCCUGGAGACACUGGAAUGAAAAGAAUAAAACUGAUGACCAAGUUUCUGAUAGAAAAAUACGUGAAAUUAUUGUACCUACAAUGGAUACAGCACGUUAUAAAUUUAUAGUUGAUUUAUGCAUGAAGAAACAUCGUCCACUUUUGUACGUAGGUCCAACUGGAACCGGAAAAUCAGUAUAUGUCCAAGAAAAGUUAAUGAGAGAUAUUGAUAAAGAUAAGUAUGUAGCCUAUUUUGUCAACUUUUCUGCUCAAACAAGUGCAAAUCAAACUCAGUUUAUUGUUAUGUCAAAACUUGAUAGAAGACGUAAAGGUGUUUAUGGUCCACCUAUGGGUAAAACAGCUGUCUUAUUUGUUGAUGAUUUAAAUAUGCCAACUAAAGAGAUUUAUGGAGCUCAACCGCCUAUUGAACUACUACGAAUGUUUAUUGAUCAUGGUUAUUGGUAUGAUUUAAAGGACACCACAAAAUUAAUAUUACAAGACAUUCAUUUAAUUGGAGCAAUGGGACCUCCAGGAGGUGGACGUAAUGAUGUGACACAACGUUUUAUGCGACAUUUUCAUGUAAUCAGUAUGACACCAUUUAAUGAUGAAACUAUGACAAGAAUAUUUUCAACAUUGAUGAAUAUUUAUAUACGCUCACAAGAAUUUAGUUCUGAGUAUAUAACAGUUGGUCAAAUCAUUGUAUCAUCAACGUUAGAAGUUUAUAAAGCUGCAAUUGAAAAUCUAUUACCUACACCAGCUAAAUCACAUUAUUUAUUCAAUCUACGUGAUUUUAGUCGUGUUAUCCUGGGUAUUUGUUUGAUACAAAAAGAUCGAGUUGAAAGUAAACAUACUUUCUCACGUUUAUGGGCUCAUGAAGUAAUGAGAGUAUUUUAUGAUCGUUUAACAGAUGAUGCAGAUAGAACGUGGUUAUAUGAAUUCAUUAAACGUUGUUUACAGAAUAAUUUUAAAGAGAAAUUUGACCAAUUGUUUUCUCAUUUAACUACGAAAGAAGGUGAAGAAAUCCGUGAAACACAUUUGAGUAGUUAUUUAAUGUUUGGUGAUUUUAUGAAUCCUGAAUCAAUGCCAGAAGAUAGAGUCUAUGAAGAAAUUAAAGAUAUUCAAGCAAUGUAUCCUAUUGUGGAACAUUGUUUAGAAGAUUACAACAAUGCUAACAAAAAGAAAAUGUCAUUAGUCAUAUUUAGAUAUGUUCUGGAGCAUUUAUCAAGAAUUUGUCGGAUCCUUCGAGUUCCUGGCGGUCACGCAUUACUAGUCGGUGUUGGUGGUUCUGGGCGUCAAUCACUAACUAGAUUAGCAUCAGCAAUGGCAGGUUAUACAGUAUUUCAACCUGAAAUAUCUAAAAAUUAUGGUAAAAAUGAAUGGCGUGAAGAUAUAAAGACUUUACUACGACGAGCUGGCGCAGAAGGUAAAAAUACUGUCUUUCUAAUGACUGAUAGUCAAAUCAAAGAAGAAACUUUCUUAGAAGAUAUAGAUAGUUUACUCAAUUCUGGUGAAGUUCCAAAUCUUUAUAGUUCUGAAGAAAAAGCUGAAUUAAUGGAUAUCAUACAAAGUAGUCUUGCAGCAUCAGGUGGACACAAAUCACUUGAUCUAUCACCUUUAGCAUUGUAUGCUUUAUUUGUGGAUAGAUGUCGAGAAAAAUUGCAUCCUUGGCCUGAAGAUGGUCUAGUUCGAGUUGCCAAUAAAGCACUUCAAAAUUUAGAUAUGGAAAAUGAUAUUCGUGAAUCUACUGUACAUUUAUUCAAAUAUUUUCAUACUUCAAUUACACCAUUAGCUGAGAAAUUUUUAAUGAAUUUAGGUCGAAAAACUUAUGUAACACCAACUUCAUAUUUAGAAUUAAUUGAUAGUUUUCAAAGAUUAUUAACUCAAAAACAAAAUGAUACAAUGAAAGCUAAAAUGCGCUAUGUCAACGGCCUAGAUAAAUUAGCGUUCGCUGCAGAACAAGUAGCUGAUAUGCAAAUCAAAUUAGAAGAACUUCAACCUCAACUUGUAUUAGCCAGUGAAGAGAAUGAAAAACUGUUAACUGUUAUAGCUACUGAAUCAGUGACAGUUGAAGAACAGCGUGUUAAAGUAAAAGCUGAAGAAGAAAUUGUCAAUCAAAAAGCUGAUGCUUCUAAAGCAUUAAGUGAUGAAUGUCGAGCUGAUUUAGCUGAAGCACAACCUGCAUUAGAAGCGGCUCUUUCUGCAUUAGACACACUUAAACCAUCUGAUAUUACAAUAGUGAAAUCAAUGCAAAAUCCUCCACCUGGUGUCAAACUUGUCAUGGAAGGUGUUUGUGUUAUGCGUGAUAUUAAACCAGAUAAAGUAAAUGAUCCAUCAGGAACAGGUAAAAAGAUUAAUGAUUAUUGGGGACCAUCAAAGAAAUUACUUGGUGAUUUGAAUUUUUUAAAUCUAUUGAAGGAGUAUGACAAAGAUAAUAUCAACCCAGCGAUCAUGCAACGUAUACGAAAAGAUUUCAUGACAAAUCCUGAAUUCGACCCAACCAAAGUAGCUCGUGCUAGUUCAGCUGCUGAAGGUUUAUGCAAGUGGAUAUUAGCUAUGGAACAGUAUGAUCGUGUAGCUAAAAUUGUAGCACCAAAGCGUAUUAAAUUAGCUGAAGCUGAAGCAGAAUUAACAGAGAAUAUGGCAUGUUUAAAAAAGACACAAGAUGCAUUAGCUGAAAAAAAACGCCUGGAAGAUGACGUAUCAAAUUGUGCAACUAAAUUAGAAAGAGCUACAAAAUUGAUAGGUGGCUUAGGUGGUGAAAAAGACCGUUGGCGUCAAGCAGCUGAAUAUCUUGAAAAAUUAUAUGAUAAUCUUAUUGGUGAUGUGCUGAUAUCAGCUGGAAUAAUUGCUUAUUUGGGACCAUUUACAUCGACUUACAGAGAAGAAUGUAUUUCAAAUUGGAUUAUUCAAUGUAAACAACAAAAUAUCACUUGUUCUGAACCUUUUUCAUUAACUCAAUGUCUUGGUGAUCCGGUAAAAAUUCAACAAUGGAAUAUCGAUGGUUUGCCACGUGAUGCUUUUUCAAUAGACAAUAGUGUUAUUGUAGCAAAUGCUAGAAGAUGGCCACUGAUGAUUGAUCCACAAGGUCAAGCUAAUAAAUGGAUAAAGAAUAUGGAAAAAGAUACAGGAAUCACUGUUGUCAAAUUAACAGAUAAUGAUUUCAUUAGAAAUUUAGAAAAUGGUAUUCAAUUCGGUACACCAAUACUUUUGGAAAAUGUCGGUGAAGAUUUAGAUCCAAGUUUGGAACCUCUAUUACUAAAACAAACAUUUAAACAAGGUGGUGUGGAUAUGAUACGUUUAGGUGAAAAUAUCAUUGAGUAUUCAAAAGAUUUUCGUUUGUACAUCACAACUAAACUAAGAAAUCCACAUUAUUUACCAGAAAUUGCUGUGAAAGUUUCAUUAUUAAACUUUAUGAUUACGUUAGAAGGUUUAGAAGAUCAGUUACUGGGUAUUGUUGUCGCUAAAGAAAAACCGGAACUUGAAGAAGCUCGUCAAGAAUUAAUAAUAACAACAGCAAAUAAUAAACGUAUGCUUAAAGAAACUGAAGACAAGAUAUUAGCUACUUUAUCAGAAUCUGAAGGGAAUAUUUUGGAGAAUGAAGCUGCUAUUGAAAUACUUGAUUCAUCUAAAUUAAUUUCAGAUGAUAUUUUCAAAAAGCAAAAAGUUGCUGAAGAAACCCAAAAGAAGAUUGACAGUGCGAGAAUGGAUUAUUCAUCAAUUGCUAAACAUUCUGCUGUACUCUUCUUUUCAUUAACAGAUCUACCUAACAUUGAUCCAAUGUAUCAAUACUCAUUAGCAUGGUUUGUAAAUCUCUACGUUAAUUCAAUUCAUGAUAGUAAUAAAUCAAAAAUAUUGGAAAGACGAUUACGCUAUUUAAAAGAUCAUUUUGAAUAUAAUCUGUAUACAAAUGUAUGUCGUUCAUUAUUUGAAAAGCAUAAAGUAUUGUUUGCAUUUAGUAUGUGUAUCAAUAUUGUUAAAUCUCGAGGUGAAUUAGAAAUGAAUGAAUUUAUGUUCUUUUUAACUGGGGGUGUUGGAUUAGAAAAUAAAUUAGCUAAUCCAGCUAAUAAUUGGUUAUCGGAUAAAUGUUGGGAUGAAAUAUGUCGUUUAUCAACAUUAAAAGGAUUUGAAACAUUUCGUGAACAUUUUACAACACAUUUAAAUGAAUGGAAACAAUAUUAUGAUAGUAAAGAACCUCAAGAAGAUAAACUACCUGAACCAUGGGAUAAAUUAGAUGUAUUUAAAAGUUUAAUUAUACUUCGAUGCAUACGUCCGGAUAAGGUGGUUCCUGGUGUAAUGAAUUAUGUGAGGGAGAAGUUGGGCAGGAAAUUUGUUGAACCUCCACCAUUCGAUUUGGCGAAAUCUUAUCAAGACUCAAGUUGUACCACACCACUAAUUUUUAUUCUUUCUCCUGGAGCUGAUCCAACAAUGGCGUUAUUGAAAUUCGCUACAGACAAAGGUUUUGGAGGUGCACGAUUUCAGUCUAUUAGUCUUGGACAGGGUCAAGGUCCGAUCGCGGCAAAAAUGAUCGCACAGGGUAAACAAGACGGAUCAUGGGUUGUAUUGCAAAAUUGUCAUUUAGCUGUGAGUUGGAUGACAGCACUUGAGAAAAUUUGUGAAGAUAUGACUGUGGCAAAUACCAAUGCAUCAUUUCGUCUAUGGCUUACGAGUUAUCCAUCACCAAAGUUUCCAGUUACUGUCCUACAAAACGGUAUUAAAAUGACAAAUGAACCACCUACUGGUUUAAGACAAAAUCUUUUACAGUCUUAUUUAAAUGAUCCAAUAUCUGAUCCCGAGUUUUUCAAUGGCUGUCCAAAUAAAGAAGCUAUUUUUGAGAAAUUAUUAUUCGGCUUGUGUUUCUUUCAUGCUCUUGUGCAAGAACGUAUUAAAUUUGGCCCACUUGGAUGGAAUAUACCUUAUGGAUUUAAUGAAUCAGACUUACGUAUAUCAGUCAGACAGUUACAAAUGUUUGUAAACGAAUAUGAUAAGGUUCCAUAUGAUGCUAUCCAGUAUAUGACUGGUGAAUGUAACUAUGGUGGUCGAGUAACAGAUGAACGUGACCGUAGAUGUUUAAUGACAAUAUUAUUAGAUUUCUUAUGUCAAAAUGUUGUAAGUGAUCCACACUAUAAAUUUUCUCCAAGUGGUUUGUAUUAUGCUCCACCCAAAAUGGAAUAUAAUGAAUAUUUGGAAUUUAUUAAAGGUUUGCCCGCUAUACAAGCUCCCGAAGUGUUUGGAAUGCAUGGAAAUGUUGAUAUCACACGGGAGUUGAGUGAAACACGCACAUUGUUCGAUUCAAUUCUAUUAACUGUUGGUCAGACAUCAUCGGAAGUGGGUGGAUUUACGGAUUCACGAAUUGAUGCAAUAGCUAAUGAUAUCCUGGGUAAAUUACCAAACGCCUAUGAUAUAUCUGAAGCAUAUAAAAAAUAUCCAGUCAAGUAUGAAGAAAGUAUGAAUACUGUUCUUGUACAAGAAAUGGAACGUUUUAAUAAUUUAACAACAAUUAUCAAAUCAACAUUGAAUGAUCUUAGAAAAGCAAUCAAAGGUCUUGCAAUUAUGUCUGAUACUUUAGAAUCAUUAGCAACUGCUUUGUCUAUUGGAAAGUUACCAGCUAUAUGGGCACACCGAUCAUAUCCAAGUUUGAAGCCUCUUGGAUCAUAUAUCAGUGAUCUUAUUGCAAGGUUAAACUUCUUUCAAGAAUGGUUUAUUCAUGAUAAACCAUCAACUUAUUGGGUAUCUGGAUUCUUUUUUACACAAGCAUUUCUAACUGGAGUUUUACAAAAUUAUGCACGUCGAACAAAAAUCCCCAUUGAUCUAUUGGCUUUUGAUUUUGAAGUUCGUCCAACACAUAAAGAAACUAAAGAUCCUCCUAAUGGGGCAUACAUUCACGGCUUGUUUUUGGAUGGAUGUCGGUGGGACUAUGACAGCAUGGAACUUGGUGAACAAUAUCCAAAAAUAUUAAAUGAACCGAUGCCAAUUAUCUGGUUGAAACCUAUAAUUCGCGAGGAACUUGAGGCAUUAUCAACCAAACUAAUUAGAUACAGUUGUCCAGUUUAUAAAACAAGUGAACGUCGUGGUACCCUUUCUACAACUGGACAUUCAACCAAUUUUGUUUUACCGAUAUUACUCCCAACAAGUGUUAAUCCAAAUCAUUGGAUAAAACGAGGAGCUGCUCUUUUAUGUCAAUUAGAUGACUAA